AUCGCAGUUCCUCCAUCUCCAUGAGCGGCUGCAAAGCAAUCUGUUAUUUCUGACUGACUUAUUACCUCCUUUACAACUAAAAUGACGUCCAACCCAUUACAGAACGGGAGUGCGACCGACAACAGCAAUAAUGAUAUUAAGAAGAAAAUCAUCAUUAAUGCCUUUGACAUGUCAACCAUUGGGCACUUAUCGCCAGGUCAGUGGAAGAAUCCAGUAGACAAAUCAGCCACCAAGCGCGAUCUUCAGUAUUGGAUCGACCUAGCCAAGCUGCUUGAGAAGGGAGGUAUCAAUGCGCUCUUCCUAGCAGAUACCUACGGAGGCUAUGACACUUAUGAGGGGAAGUUGGAUAACUGCAUUCGUCGUGCAGCUCAAUGGCCUAUGACAGAUCCAACUAUUCCCAUCAGUGCCAUGGCAGCUGUGACGAGGAAUCUGUCUUUCGCUAUCACUGCUUCAACAUCCUUUGAGCCACCUUUUCUCCUGGCAAAGCGCUUCUCUUCAUUGGACCACUUCACUAGAGGUAGAAUCGGCUGGAACAUUGUCACAAGUUGGAAGAAGGCAGCUUUCAAAGCUAUUGGCCUGGACAGUCCUAUUGCACACGAUGAGAGAUAUGAGCAGGCCGAUGAGUACCUACGUGUCCUAUAUAAGCUUUGGGAAGGCUCUUGGGCAGACGAUGCCAUCUCCCCUGAUCCGGAGAACGAUAGCUAUGCGGAUCCCGACAAGAUCAGGACCAUCCAUCAUCAUGGCAAGUUCUUUGACUUGGACACUCGCCAUAUUGUCGACCCUUCACCUCAACGUACCCCAUUCUUGUUCCAAGCUGGUACCUCAUCAGCCGGUCAGACGUUUGCAGCAACUCAUGCAGAAGGCAUCUUCGUGUCUUCCCACUCACCCAAACUGCUCAAGCCCAAGAUCCAAGCAAUUCGCAAGCAGGCUGCUGAACUAGGCCGAGAUCCUCAGUCUCUCAAGUUCUUUGCGACUUUUACUCCCAUUGUUGGCCGCACUGAUGAAGAAGCCCAGGAGAAACUUAAGGAACUACAGAAGUACGCCUCGACUAUUGGUGGACUAGUUCUAGUUAGUGGGUGGACUGGCAUCGACUUAUCCAAGAUUCCACUUGACCAAGAACUCACCUCUGCGGACUCUCUAGAGCAGCACAAAGUUCAAAGUCUCCUUGACGCAUUCACUGUAACCAGUGAGCAUGUUCCGAAGUGGACGCCAAGAGUCAUUGCCGAGAAGGCUGGCAUCGGUGGACUUGGCCCAGUCUCUGUUGGAAGUCCCCAGACUGUUGCUGAUGAGAUGGAGCGUUGGAUCGAGGAGGGAGACUUGGAUGGCUUCAAUGUUGGCUACGUGACUACACCUGGAACUUUUGAGGAUCUGGUUGAGCUAUUGGUGCCUGAGCUCCGAAAAAGAGGUUUAUAUCAUGAGGUAACUAGUGAAGGGGGUCAUUCUCUGCGAGAGAAUGUCUAUGGAAUCGGACAAUCCAAGCUCCGGGAUGAUCACACCGGGUCAAAGUAUAAGUAUGAUGUGUUUAAGGAGGAAUAGUCUUCGGUCUAUAGCAUAGAGGUUCAGCUGCUGGCCAUGCCUUAGAUCAACUAGAGCAUGCAUGCACUCCAUAUGACAAAGCAUAAGGAUACAAACUAUGUGACCUCGCCUUAUAUAAAUAGCUUACCAAGCUUGAGAUG